GCAGCGCUGUAGGCUGAUCCUGUCCUCUGGGGAAUCGGCUCUCCCUCCCUCAUCGGGCCAGCACUGAGGUCAACCCUCCCUGCCUCCCUCCCACUGCCCCUCAAGGAAGGCAGCCACUCAGUCAGUCCCAGGGCUUCCCGGGGCAACAGAGGAGCACCUGGGAGGCGCCUCCAGCCGUGCGUCGCCUACCUCGGCCUCCCCUCGCCCUCACCCCCGGGGCCUCCAAAACUCGUGUCCAGGGAGGAAACGCAAGGGGGGGCGGUCCCUGUCCCGGGGGGGGGGGAGCGAAAGGGAGCGGCGCGGCGGCAGUAGCAGGAGCAGCCCCCUCCCUCGCCGCCUCCUUCUCCCCCUCCUUCGCUCUCUCCCUCCAUCGCUUGGCCGGGCUUGGCGCUCCUGCUGCUGCUCCCACGGCCGCCUCCAUCUUGCCGCCUUCCCCCUUUCCUGCCCUGCAACAGGAGCCGCUGAGGAGAGCGGGCGAAGAGCUGCGGGCAACGAGGGGGCGGCGCUGAGCCGACAUUUUGUGCCCCCUCCCUCCCUCAGCGACGGCGCCAACGGCAGACGGCGAGGCAGCGGCCCAGGAAGGCAAGUUUUCUGAGCUGCUGCUAUGAGGAAACCCCGGAGGAGGUCCCGGCAGACCUUAGAAGGGAGACGUUCUCCUUCGCCGUACAGCUUGAAAUGUUCACCCACUCGGGAGACUCUGACAUAUGCUCAAGCUCAACGAAUAGUGGAGGUUGAUAUUGAUGGGCGUCUCCAUCGCAUCAGCAUCUAUGAUCCACUAAAGAUCAUCACGGAAGAUGAGCUCACUGCCCAGGACAUCACAGAAUGCAACAGUAACAAGGAAAACAGUGAACAACCAUUGUUUCCUUCAAAAUCCAAGAAAACACAAUGUAAGGGCAAGAAAAAGGAGACAUGUACAAAACAUUCUCCCGGGACAUCCUUCCAUCUGCCACAGCCCAGCUUUCGAAUGAUAGAGCCCUUCAGCCAACCAGAUGCUCCACCUUUGCCUUCAGCAUACUAUCAGUAUCUUGAGAAACUACCCGAGGAUGUUGAUGCUGAAGUGGAAUAUGAUAUGGAUGAGGAAGAUUUAGCUUGGCUUGACAUGAUCAACGAGAAGAGGAAGAAUGAUGGUUACGGGUCAAUUUCUGCUGAGACUUUUGAACUGCUGCUGGAUCGAUUAGAGAAGGAGUCCUACAUGGAGAGUCGUAACAAUGGAAGCCAGCAGACCUUAAUAGAUGAGGAUGCUGUUUGUUGUGUUUGCAUGGAUGAUGAGUGUCAUAACAGCAAUGUAAUUUUGUUUUGUGACAUCUGUAACUUGGCUGUGCAUCAGGAAUGUUAUGGAGUACCCUACAUUCCCGAAGGGCAGUGGCUUUGUCGCUGCUGCCUGCAGUCCCCUUCCCACCCUGUUGAUUGUGUCUUGUGCCCAAACAAAGGUGGUGCCUUCAAACAGACCAGUGAUGGUCACUGGGCCCAUGUUGUUUGUGCCAUCUGGAUCCCAGAAGUCUGUUUCGCAAACACUGUGUUUCUGGAACCCAUUGAGGGGAUAGAAAAUAUUCCACCAGCUCGCUGGAAAUUAACAUGUUACAUCUGCAAGCAGAAGGGCAUGGGAGCAGCCAUUCAGUGCCACAAGGUGAACUGCUACACUGCUUUCCAUGUUACCUGUGCCCAGAGGGCUGGUCUCUUCAUGAAGAUUGAGCCCAUGAGGGAGACCAGCCUCAAUGGCACAACAUUUACUGUGCGCAAAACUGCUUAUUGUGAGGCACAUUCCCCUUCUGGUACUCCGAAGAAAGGGCGCACAGUUACUGUUCGUGGAAGAAGAGAAGACAUUGCAAAGAAGGAGGCUGGGGAUGAGGGCACUCUCAAAACUAAGAACAAAGUAAAGUUGAAACAGAAGGUAAAGAAGGAAAGUUGUUCUUCGGUACCUUUACUGAUGGUCACACAGAUCCCCUCUUACCGGCUGAAUAAAAUCUGCAGUGGGCUCUCUUUCCAGAGAAAGAAUCAGUUUAUGCAGAGGCUUCACAACUACUGGCUGUUAAAGCGCCAGUCAAGAAAUGGCGUCCCACUGAUACGACGGCUGCACUCUCACUUACAAUCCCAAAGAAAUGCCGAACAGAAAGAACACGAUGAGAAGACUGGUGCAGUGAAAGAAGAAUUGAAGUACUGGCAAAAACUGCGGCAUGAUUUAGAAAGAGCACGGCUCCUCAUUGAAUUAAUUCGCAAACGUGAGAAACUCAAACGUGAGCAGGUAAAAAUGCAGCAAGCUGCUCUGGAGUUACAACUCACACCUUUCAAUGUGUUGCUGCGAACAACACUGGAUCUACUACAGGAAAAAGAUCAAGCUCAGAUCUUUGCAGACCCUGUGAAUCUAAGUGAGGUUCCAGAUUACCUGGAAUUCAUUUCCAAGCCAAUGGAUUUUGCUACCAUGAGGCGAAAGCUGGAGUCCCACCAGUAUCAAACGCUGGAUGAAUUUGAGGAGGACUUUAACCUUAUUCUUACCAACUGCAUGAGGUAUAACUCCAAAGAUACCAUUUUCCAUCGCGCAGCUAUCCGGCUCAGAGACCUUGGAGGGGCAAUAUUGCGUCAUGCAAGGCGGCAAGUGGAAACUAUUGGCUUUGACCCCCAAUUGGGGAUUCACUUGCCAGAAUCACCAAAGACAGAAGAUUUUUAUCGUUUUUCGUGGGAGGAUGUUGAUAACAUCCUUCUGCCUGAAAACCGGGCUCAUCUUUCCUUGGAGGCCCAGCUGAAGGAGCUCCUGGAAAAACUGGACAUGGUGAGCACUAUGCGGUCAAGUGGUGCCCGAACCCGGCGCGUCCGCCUCUUGAGACGUGAAAUUAACUCUCUCCGGCAAAAGCUGGCACAGCAACAGAGCAAAACCAUGCCAAAUGGAGAGCCAGCUCCAUGGGAGGAAGGAGUCGAGAAAAUGCUACAUGGAGAACAAGAUGAAGACAGGGAGAAAGCAGAUGACACCAAGCCCCCACUUCCCCCCACCCUGGAGCCCACAGGACCUGCACCCUCCCUAUCGGAGCUGGACUCUCUGCAGGACCCUCCAACUCUCAAACCCAUUAGCGAAAGCAAGUCCUCGAAAAGACUCCGUAAACGCCUGAGGUCCGAGGGCGAGCUCUUUGAUAAGAAGAUGCUGCAGAGGGAGAGCCACGCCUUCCAGCGCUUGCUCAGCGACAGCGGCCUGAACGGAUUGGCCCUUCAGGCCACGGGCACUUCUGCCAGCCCCCCGUUUAGUGGUGUGGGGAGGCGGACGUCUGUCCUUUUUAGAAAAGCCAAGAACGGGGUGAAACUGCAAAGAGGUCUGGACUGCCCCCUUGAGAAUGGAGAGGACCACAGCCAGAGUGGGCAGCUCUCUCCCUCCAGCAGAGAGGGCAAGCGGUCAUCCCGGAAACGGCCACAGAGUGGGAGCUGCAGCGAGAGCGAUGGCGAGAAAUCCCCCAGGCAGGCAGGCGUGACAGGAGCAGUGACCAAUGGCUUCAGAAAGCAUAGAGAAAGUGGUUCUGACUCAGAAUGCAGUUCUGGCCACGGAGGUGGUCUUCCAUUUGGCAUUUGUAGUGGUCUGACUCCACAUAAACGCAGUCGAGGAAAGCCUGCCCUGACACGGGUUCCUUUUUUGGAAGGUGUAAAUGGAGAUUCAGAGUAUAACAACUCAGGUAGAAAUUUACUAAUGCCAUUUGAGGAGCACACUGAAUUAGAAGCUCUGGAGCUUGUGUGGGCAAAGUGUCGUGGCUACCCUUCAUACCCAGCCUUGAUCAUUGACCCUGAGAUGCCACGAGAGGGCCUCCUUCACAACGGAGUCCCGAUCCCUGUCCCUCCGAUGGACGUGUUGAAGUUAGGAGAGCAGAGACAAACAGAGGCAGGAGAAAAGCUUUUCCUUGUCCUUUUCUUUGACAACAAGAGGACAUGGCAGUGGCUUCCACGGGAAAAAGUUACUCCACUUGGAGUAGAUGACACAGUGGAUAAGCUAAAGAUGUUGGAAGGACGAAAAACCAGCAUUCGUAAAUCUGUCCAAGUCGCUUACGACCGGGCCAUGAUCCAUAUGAGUCGAGUUCGGGGAGACCAUCCCUUUGUUACACCAAAUUAUCUGUAGGGACUGAAUGGGUCUGCUCUGCCCUUCCUACUUACCCUGGAAAUAAUGCCUGUAAUUGUAAAGGCAUAGAGGGUUUCCGCUGAAUCAUAGGGGAUUCUGCCCUGCUUGGAGGAAGGUGUGAUUGCAAUGCUUGUUCAUGUCCUGUAAGAAAGAUGCACUAUUCCUAGCAUAGAGAAAAGCUCCGGAUAUGAAUAUGAUAUGUGCCAAAAAGCCUGGCUGGGUUCUUUCUGAGUAUGUUUCUCCUGAAAGCCAGCAUUAGAAGGAAGUCUUGUUAUGGUCGGACUAGUACUAGUAAGAGGGUGUCACAAGCAGCUGUAAUGUUAAUGCGAUGGGAAGAAUUUUAGGUCUGAUCAGCUAAGCUCAUUUGCUGAUUGGACUAGAAGACCCACAAGUCUCUUUGUGUUUCCAGUGUUCCGCUUGCCCUGAAGAAUUCUUUGGAGCUUGCCACUAAUAUAAAUAACAUGGCCUCCUUUCAAUGACACUUGUGUGCCAAUUUUUAAGUAAUAUUUGUCACACUUUUUGUCUUAUUUUUGAAAGUGCUGGUUUGUCCCACCGUAUUUUUACAUUUGCACCCUAGUCUAGAAAUCUCACGCCUAUGUAUUAUUUUUUUUUGUGUUAAGAUUUAGCACCAAAAGAAGAUGAAGGUCAUAUUGAGUUUUACCCUUCACCUCAUGCACACUUACAUGUACAGAGUUUUUAUAUAUGAAGAAGCAAACACUUGCACAAUCUUCUGUCUAAAUCUGUUUGUGAAGUAGCUUUUAGAUUUCAACUGCAGAUUUGGGCUGAGUUUUUUUUUUAAAUGAAUGGUUUGAUACCACCUCACCAGCCUGAAACACUGUUGUUAAGAGUCUAAGGAUUGUUAGGAGAUGAAGAGGGAGAAAUCAAUCUUUUGGGAGCAUUUGUGCCCACCACCUCAAACAAGGGAUGUUUGUACAGAGGAUGAGCUGACUCUUUACAUAAAUCUGCAUGAUUAUUGGAUGUAGAAGCAACCACUAGCCUGCCUAUGCAGAAAGAGGCAAGCCAAAUGUGGAAAGAUCUUCCCAUAUGCAAUCUGCCCUUGUAGUUGGACUGAAGUCAUCUAAUUGUAUGUGCAGAGCUUUCCCAAGCAUGAAAUGUGCUGUAUAUGUUUGCAAAGAGUGCCAUAUGUGUUUUGAAGAAUGAGAGCAUCUGUGUCGAGGUGUAAUUCACCAUUAUUGCUCCAUCACAUUUUGGGUUGCAUUGGAACACUGUCUUACUUUUUUUUCCCCACCAGCAUAUACUGGAGUUUUGUCAUUUGCAUUUCCAUACAAGUGUCAUCAUUUGCUUUCUGCUGUGUGAGCCUCCAAGACUAGAAUCUGUUUAAAAAUAAGACAUAACUCCUUAAUGAAUCCAAUUUUUUAAGCACGUGAUGGAAAAACGGGGAGAGCUGAAGUUUGCAAGUUGAAAGACAUUUCAUAUUUGAAUUUUGAAUCAUGUAUCUUUUUUUCCUUUUUUUUCCUUUUAAGCUUUAAAAACCAAAGGUGCAGAGCAAGAUUGUAAUGUGAAGAGAUCGUUACUUUUUUUCUUUUCAAUUCAUUUUUAAUUAUUUUAUUUUUUCAUACUAAAGAGAUUGUGGAACAAAAUGUUUAUAUUGGGGAAAAUCACUGCCAUUUCUAUGUGGUAUCCUUUUUUUAUUUUUUUUUAAAAAGGACCACAUCUUAUAUAUUGGGGUAUAUCGGGAUAUAAAACCACACUUUAUACGAAAUAUCUGUAACAUGAAGAGCAUGAAUGGGAAUCUUUAUAAAGAGUGUGGCUAUGGAAGGAACUUGUGUACAUACUUGUAAAAUACUGUUCUAAAUUAUUUAGGCCAAUUGUUACCAUUCUUGGAAGCCCUCAGUUGUGUUGCUGGGUCUUUUGUAUGCACACAGUGUAAUUAAUUUAAAGCAACAUACACUUUUCCCAAGUUGUAGCUCAGCUGUGGACUUGUGACCUAUGUAUAACUGUUUUAAGAACGUCCAUUUUACUUGUGUUCAUUUUUUUAAAAAAUUACAUUUUAGAGAUUUAAAUUGGCUAAAAUCCUGCUGUUGCUAUGGGACCUAAAUGUGACUUGUCAGUCUGCUGUAAAGCACAGAUGGCUCUAUUUAUUGUAGAAAGUGAGUUUCUUUGCUUUCUAGACUUGUUUAUAUCAGAAGGUAUAAGAGGUAAUAAAAUUCUAUGCUUGUAAAGAAAAAAAUGCUAAUUUUAGCUACUAUAAUCUGACUGUCUGAAACUAUAUUUUCUCUCUGAGAAAUAAAUGUUCUAAUGUAAAA